UUUAAAGCCAUACCAAAUGGAUUUUUGGAUAGAUCACGAGCUACAAAAUGACCAAAAAUUGUUAUUCAGCAGGCAAACGAGGAAUGCAAUCUAAUAUUUAUGCGAGCGUUGUGAAUUCAAAACAAAUAUAGGGUGUACCCCGAUCGAAUCCCGAAUUGGCCCACCUACACAGGAUGGCAUUUAGGGCCUAAUAAAAACACGCCGAGAACUAAAACUGAAAAUCAAUAAACACAAAGCCAACCAGCCAGCCAGAGAAGUACGUAACAAGCCAAAUGCGGCAACAACAAGUGAGCAAGUUAAAGAACCUUUGCGAUUUGUAAACGCUGCGAAAUACCCGUCGAGCUAAAAAAUAGAAGAAGGUAAAAAAGAACAUUUAAUAGGCGAACAAUGUCGGAGGGCAGCGAUAACAACGGGGAUGCCCAGCAGCAGGGGGCGGAGGGCGAGGCCAUGGGCGAGAACAAGAUGAAGUCCCGCCUUCGCAAGGGAGCCCUCAAGAAGAAGAACGUCUUCAAUGUCAAGGAUCACUGCUUCAUAGCCCGGUUCUUCAAGCAGCCCACGUUCUGCUCCCACUGCAAGGACUUUAUCUGGGGCUUCGGGAAGCAAGGAUUUCAGUGCCAAGUCUGCUCCUACGUGGUGCACAAGCGGUGCCACGAGUAUGUCACCUUCAUCUGCCCGGGCAAGGAUAAAGGCAUCGAUUCGGCGCAUCAAAUGCCCCACAAAUGGCAGAAUGUCACCUUCCUGUCGCCGACGUUCUGUGACCAUUGUGGGUCUCUUUUGCACGGCAUCACGCACAAGGGUCUCAAGUGUCGAGCAUGUGACAUGAACGUGCAUGCCCGCUGCAAGGAGAACGUGCCCAGUCUUUGCGGAUGCGAUCACACCGAGCGGCGGGGUCGCAUUUAUCUGGAGAUCAAUGUCAAGGAGAAUCUGCUAACUGUCCAGAUCAAGGAGGGUCGCAAUCUCAUACCCAUGGACCCGAAUGGACUCAGCGAUCCCUAUGUGAAGGUGAAGCUAAUACCGGAUGACAAGGAUCAGUCGAAGAAGAAGACUCGCACCAUUAAGGCUUGCCUGAAUCCUGUCUGGAACGAGACACUCAGCUAUGACCUGAAACCCGAAGAUAAGGAUCGACGGAUCCUGAUCGAGGUGUGGGAUUGGGAUCGCACCUCGCGCAAUGACUUCAUGGGCGCUUUGUCCUUUGGCAUCUCGGAGAUCAUCAAGAACCCCACCAAUGGUUGGUUCAAACUGCUCACCCAGGACGAAGGCGAGUACUACAAUGUGCCAUGUGCGGAUGAUGAGCAGGAUCUACUGAAGCUCAAGCAGAAACCUUCGCAGAAGAAGCCUAUGGUUAUGCGCAGCGACACGAACACGCAUACGUCCUCCAAAAAGGACAUGAUCCGGGCCACGGACUUUAAUUUCAUCAAAGUUCUGGGAAAAGGAUCAUUUGGCAAGGUUUUGUUAGCCGAGCGCAAGGGCAGCGAGGAGUUGUAUGCCAUUAAGAUACUCAAAAAGGAUGUGAUCAUCCAGGACGACGACGUGGAGUGCACCAUGAUCGAGAAGCGUGUCCUGGCGCUGGGUGAAAAGCCCCCAUUCCUGGUACAACUGCACUCCUGCUUUCAGACAAUGGACCGAUUGUUCUUCGUGAUGGAGUAUGUGAAUGGAGGCGAUUUAAUGUUCCAGAUCCAACAAUUUGGCAAGUUCAAGGAGCCAGUGGCUGUGUUUUAUGCCGCUGAAAUAGCCGCAGGACUUUUCUUCCUACAUACCAAGGGUAUACUGUAUCGGGAUCUGAAGCUGGAUAAUGUUCUCUUGGAUGCCGAUGGACAUGUGAAGAUUGCGGACUUUGGCAUGUGCAAGGAGAAUAUAAUGGGUGACAAGACCACAAAGACCUUUUGUGGAACACCUGAUUAUAUAGCUCCCGAGAUAAUCCUUUAUCAACCCUAUGGCAAAUCGGUGGACUGGUGGGCCUAUGGAGUGCUGCUUUACGAAAUGCUAGUGGGUCAGCCACCUUUUGAUGGCGAGGAUGAGGAGGAGCUGUUUGCCGCCAUAACUGAUCAUAAUGUGUCCUAUCCAAAAAGCCUAAGCAAGGAGGCCAAAGAGGCCUGCAAGGGCUUCCUAACCAAACAGCCAAAUAAGCGAUUGGGUUGUGGCUCCACUGGCGAGGAGGAUGUGCGUCUGCAUCCCUUUUUCAGACGCAUUGAUUGGGAGAAAAUAGAAAAUCGCGAAGUGCAGCCACCUUUUAAACCGAAGAUUAAACACCGCAAGGAUGUGUCCAACUUUGACAAGCAGUUCACAUCAGAGAAAACAGACUUGACGCCCACGGACAAGGUGUUCAUGAUGAACCUGGAUCAAUCGGAAUUCGUUGGGUUCUCCUACAUGAAUCCCGAGUACGUCUUUAGCCCAUAGAUAUAGAUCCGAUCUGAUCCGAUCUAGUUUCCAUGCUGCGAGUUGUGUCCCCUAAGUCUAUUUUGAUAUUGAUUACUAAAAAGACAUCUUGUUACUCUCUGUUAAGUUUUCUGUUUUGCUUUUCGACCAUUAUGUGUAUCUAUAUUUAUUGAAUUGUUAAGUUUUGAUUUAAUUUUAAGUGCUAGAAACUGUGAAACAGAGCUUUAGUUGUGGAAUAUUCGAAUACUGUUCAAGAGCACGUCCUCACCUCAAGCCAAAAGAAAAGAAAGCAAUAAAAUUGAACAUUUCAAAUACUUGCUAGCCUAUCACUCUGCGUAGAACUUUCAUCGGUUCUGUCCGAUUUCAAAACAUUUUUCAAAAAUAUAUAUUAUACAUUUCGGCAAGCUAUAAGCAUUUGCAUUUUCCAUUUGGAAGUUAACUUUUUAGACAACAUCUGAGUGUUUUUGUAGCCAAUUAAUCGAUUUUAAUAGUCAAAACCGUGGGAAAGUCCCCAUACUUUCCCCGACAGAGCAAAGAAGAGGGAGAAUUAGGAGUUUUGGGCCAGGUUCAAACGUCAUUCGAUUGUAGUGCUAGCCCCGGCAUUAUAAUCAAAUCGAAAACGCGUUUAGGUGAGUUCGCCAAAGAGGGAGAAAUCAAGGAGAACAACAAACGUUCCCAUUAUAUUCGAAACUUAAGCAGAAAUAUCAUAGAAUAUGUGUUUUUUUAAAUUCCAUUAAUAUAUCAAUGUGCGUGUACAUUAAUUUUACGAUUUAUUUAAAAAGCAUUGCAAACACACGUAUAUAUAGCACGUCUAUAUAUAUGGCUGGCAUAGAGUCUCAAUGUACCAUAACUAACAAAUUGCAUAGCAAUAAGUUAAGCCUAGACGAUACUUAACACUUAAACUGUAAAACUAAAACUGUUUGCUCCUAACCGAGGGAUAACUAUGUUAGAUCGUUCUUGAGUUGGAAACUUUAGUACCUUCACAGGAAUCUAGCUACUAACAACUACUGUUUAACUAUGGGAAAAGACAAUCUACUAUAAGCAUGUAAAUCUAUAGUCAUCGUAUAUUAUAGCCUAGACCGAUUUCCAAAUUAGCGCCAGCCGAGCUAAGCUUUUGUGCCUCUCGUAGCUAUCUUUCUCUCAUAGAAGAAACCUUAACAGAAUUCAUGCCAAACGAGGCUAUACGUAUUUAUAGGGAAAUUAUAAUAUUAUAUAUGUAUGUCUGUCGAAGUGGAAUUGUAGCCAAGCUAAUUGCGUAGGGCACAGCAGAGUAAUUAAAUCAGAACUAACAAUUAACAUGAAUUGGUAAAGCUUAAAAGUAGUUUGAACUAGUACACUCGAUGCAUAAUAAACUUAAAUACUUAUAAACUCGAAUAGAUAAAAUUGUGUAACUCCGAACUUGAAGCAUUUAAAACGUUUAAUUUAACUCUCCAAUUUGAAAUCAAAACGUAAUCUAAGCCAACAAGGUAGAUCAAAAAGCUAUACUCAAUCCCAAGUGGAUGGGUUCGAAUCACAACCACGAUGAGUAGCACUUAACGUUCAACCCGAGGGAUAAAGAAAUUUGCUCGUAUUUUUAAAAUAAAUGUAAAGCCUAAUUAACAUAUAUCAAUAGAUGUAUAUGUGUGUCUGAAUUACUUUAAUGACUUUUAUGGCAAAUAAAUGAAGGGAGCGAAAACACUUUUCAAGUCUGUUCAAAUAUUGAAAAUAUUACAAUUUGAAGAAAAUUAAUUUUUAUUAUCAAACUAUAUACAUAUUGAAGUGCAUAUUGGUAGGACUUUAACUGCAUACAGUUUUAUUUAGAGUCAACACUUUUACAAAACAUAUUUAUGUAAUUUUGAUGAUUUUCAUGGUCAUUUUUUAAACCAAAGUCUCAUGCGUAUGUAUUUUAAUUGCAUAUUAAAUUAGUACAAAACAAAUAGAUAUAUACACCUAUACAUUAAUAUAUUUAUAUCUAUGAAAUAUCGAUGUGAAUUACUUAACAGAUAUAAUACCAUACGAUAUCACGCGAGAGAAAGCAAAACUUCCAAACGAAACUCUCGAGAGAAACCCAAACUAAACUAAAGAAAACUAUUUUUACGUCUGAAUAAUUCACCCACACCCCUGAACAGUCAGUCGAAGCUAUAUGCCUGUGCAUAUAUGCAUCCACUAUAUACAAUUUCGAGUACACACAGACCCGAGCUGAAUGUAAUCUAUAAUUUAUUGAGCCAAGCCAAACAAAGAGAGACAAACUCAAAUAAAUCAAACCAUCGGCUUUGGGCUCACCACACACAUACAAUACGAGUACCCAUGAGUAAAUAAAAAUACUACUAAAUACAUCUGAA